GGUGCAAUUUUAUCAUCUUUACUUUUUAGUAUUUAUACUAACGAUUUGCCCUCAUCAGUCCACCAUAGUAAACUUGAAUCGUACGUGGACGACUCCAAGAUAUUACUAUCUUUCACUGUGGCUAACGUGGACUGUUUAAAGCAACAACUUGAGGAAGACUUGUAUUUGAUUGCAAACAGUUGUUCCGAAAAUGAAUUGCUUAUUAACCCGGGAAAGACCAAAUACAUGCUGAUUGGCACACGGCAAAACCUACAACAACUUCCCGUAGAUAUGACCAUCAACUUCCUCAACGAGACUAUUACCCCCGUCUCCUUUGCCAAAGAUCUAGGAAUGACAAUCGACUCUUAUUUGACAUAUGACCAGCACAUCACCAACCUGGUUUCCUCAUGUAUGAAUUCCCUGUGCCAAAUAAACCGAGUCAAAAAAUGUUUCGAUAAAGAAGCUUUAACUCUCAUCGUCUCGGCACUUGUAAUGAACAAAAUGUUCUAUUGUUCAACGGUUUGGUCAAACACUUCGUCUACCAACAUUAAGAAACUACAGUUG